AUGGACAACACUUCAAGACCCUCUACGCCAGAGGCACCGCCGCAGGAUCUAUGGUCCUCCAUUCUCGACUCGGUCUCGUCCUCGCGCUCAAUACCGUCAAAGCAAAUCCUGCUGCUCGGCCAGCCGUCGUCCGGAAAAUCUACCCUGGCUUCGGCAUUGCUCCAGAAACCAUUGUCAGAUGAGGAGCAAGCUGCGCGCCGGACAGAUUUUGCCUUUGGCUAUGACUUCUCUGAUGUUCGCGACGAGGCAGACGAAGAUACCUUGGCUCGUUUGUCCGUGUACACCGUCCCCUCGGCCAACCCAGCAUACAUGUCUUUGCUCCCGCACUUCAUCCCCCCGAAAUCCGCGCUGCCUCAUACAUUAGUGAUGAUUGUGCUCGACUGGACUCGACCGUGGACGUUCAUUGACGACCUUCAAGUCUGGCUUGAAUGGGUGGAGACAUGGGCAAAGGGAGAUACUUCGCGCGAAGUAGAGAUUGCGCGUGAGGAGAACCGCGAAAGAUUGCAAUCACAUUUGCAGCAUUACGCGGAACCCUCAACCGACCCGCUACCUGCAAGUACUUCCGUACCGGGAACCCUGCUGCCUCUCGGCCAGGGCUCUUUCACACACAAUCAAGCUGGGAUACCAAUAAUUGUGACGUGUACGAAGGCAGACCUAAUCGACGGAGGUUCGGAACCCGGUCCUGGCGGAAUGGUGAAAGGCAAAGGCGGCGAGUGGGAGGAGAGAACGGAUGGAAUAAUGCAGAUACUUCGCACAAUCUGCUUGAAAUAUGGAGCCAGCCUAUUUUAUACCACACCGCUGCCAGACACCCUGCAAGUUCUCCGUCAAUAUGCCCUUCACCUCCUCUUCAUGCCUCCCGCGCCAUCGCCAGGUCUAUCCUCUGGUACAGAGACAGUUGCUCCCGCACGCAACCUCUUCCCUUUCCCGCAUAAACCUAAUACACUAGAUCGUGAUCACAUUGUAAUUCCAGCUGGUUGGGAUAGCUGGGGGAAGAUCGCAGUCAUGCGAGAUGGCUUCGAGCCUAAGCUUUGGGGAGAAGCGUGGGAGCACGAUCUAGUCGGCGAGGACGUUCAAAUGAAUGCCAAUGAUCGCAGUGCGAAGAAGAUGUUCAGCGCUCUUGUGCCAGAUCAAGGGGCCAAACCAACACCGCUACCCCCCUUCAACAAUCCUAUGCCAGAACAAACCUUCCUGGCGAAGCACUACGACGAGAACGCAAAGCGAGCUGAUCGUGACCCUCGUGGUGCUUUCCGCAAUCCCGCAGACAUGGCGGGCGCUGCUACUGGUAUUGUCGGGCCCAUGGGCACUAGUAGCUUCGACCUGCCCGCCGUGGAUCGCGCGUUGAGUGAAAUGGAGCUAUCAAGUGCACCAGGCCUUGGGCAGAGUAUCAACGGUAUCAACGGCACUGGAGCGGGGCGUGGUGGAAGGGCUGUUGCCCCAACUCGACCAGCAGGCCUUGCGACACUCAGCACUUCUUCAGCCGCCAACGGGCGGACGACAACUUCUCCGUCUCCCUUGAGUUCUUCAACACCAACCAGCGCUCAGUUACCUCAACACGACGUAUUACAGAACUUCUUCCAAAGCUUGUUGAGGGACCGUCCUGGCGCAAGCCCUACGAAGCCAAAACCAAAUGACACUGUCAAUGGUACGGAGGAUGGAACUCCUUGA